AUGCCAGACACAGCGGACCCUUCUGGACUGGUUGAGAGAGUGCAAGAACUCACUGACCUCGAGCUUGCAAUGCUUCUGAGCCUUGUGGCUGGUCAGCAUUGUAUCGUAGCAGCAGAGCAAGAUGACUUGGACUCACUGGAGCAGGAACUUCAGCUUGUACUAGGGACUAUCGCUUCCAAUGUCUUUGCCUUAUAUCAUACUGUGCUUCAUUGCAACCAUUCAACCACCCUGGCGGACUUCAGGGAUGGUAUCCUUAUUGACAGCAAACCCAGUGACUGGUUAGACAAUGGGGAACUGGGAACAAGCAUGGAUUCAGAUCAGUCGUCGCGAAGGCAUUAUGGGCCGGCAAAACACCGCUCUGCGAGUCCGAUACAACCAAUCCGCACAAAGCAAAAUGAGAGGCAACAAGAUGAUCGAAGUAUCGCCAACGUUGUCCUGAUCACGGGCCUAUCUUUAGCGAGCGAAGAUAUACAAAUUCAAGCUCUGGAACGCGACCACAUCUUCAUAUCGCAUUACCAUAGUCAAGAAGACGGAUUUGCCAACCUAGAAGAAGCCUCUGAGUGGAUAGAAGACGAUCACGCCUCCGUUUCUUCCGUCAUCCAUCGAUCCAGUGCUCAGUACUCAUCAGACAUAGUACCGCCGCACAGUUUCACGCAACAAGAGAUCAGACAAUUAGCCGAAGUGAGCGAGGAUAUCAACUUCACGGCCGAAAUCAAGGCGUAUCAGCAAAAUAUUAUCACAUUCCUUCGAUUGCAUCGAGCGGUUGGUAGCGGGGUAUCACCUAGAGCAACUCAGCACCUCACCAAUCUUGUCCAGUAUCUUGCUAUCAUACACGGUCAAUCAUACGUGUCCCCGUCUCUAGUUGCACUUGCUAUACGCAAGAUCUACCCCCAUCGCGUCACAAUAAUUGGGCCCGAAGCCGAACGAAGCAUUCAAUACGGGAGCGAUUUUCAAGCGGCGUCUGCUGUUCUCAAGGGGUACGAUCCAUCGCAAGUGAUCGAAGAAGUCCUAGCAUCGGUAGAUACACCGAUUUAA